CAUUCUGACAAAUGAAAGAAGGCUCGUAGCUCGAGUCCAGAUAACCGAAUUGCACAACCGACGCUAAAUAUAGUUUGUUUUUGUAUUAUGCAUAUACUGACGCUGAUAUCUGGUGGGCCUGCACGUAAGCCAAUUCUCUAAUAUGAAUCCUGCCUUCACAUGGUCAAGCAAAGCUUGAGCAGCAGUAGCCUUUAAUAUCCCACUGAUGCAGAAUGGGACGAGGCAAGCUGUCUUCAAGGGGCAUGAAGAAACAAAACAUUUCGACAACAGCCUUGCUGCAUGUGCUGUUGAUUGGCUUAUUUUGGAACCUGUUUCCUCUGGUAGUUUUCUUUACCGAUCCAAAUAGCCCGGACUUGUGUUUAAUAAACUUGAAGAAUUUGUUCUACACUGGACUAUGCUUUCUGAAACUCGCCUUCGCCCUUCUGAAUAACAGAGUGCGAACGUCCCUGUUGAGAUAUGGCGCAAGGAGAGUUUUCUGUUGUGGUUUGUUCAUUGUCUUAUCUAGUUACCUAUUUGUUGCCGUAGUUUUGGACAGGUCAGCUCUUUGGACAUGGGAAAUAUUUAAGUCUAAUUACAUCAAUAGAUUAGAGGAUAGCAUUGUUAAGAUAGAUGAAACCAGAUCCCAGUUUAUGGUGCGUGACCGUGAGAUCCCCGGUCCAGAACCCCUGAAGCUUGAGAGACUCAUGCGAUACGAGGGUGAAGAUGUGAGAAUGGUUUGUGAAGACGUGCUGAUUUACCUUGAAAUUGUAAAAUUUCACAAGAAGCAGGUGAUCUGGAAGCAUAAUGGACAGAUAAUUGAAUCAUCGCCCUGGCACCAUAUCACAACAGUGUUUGAAGAAGUCCCUUUGAAUAUUACUGAUACUUAUUUUUAUCGUGUAAAGUCAAAGCUUGAAAUUAAUCUUAUCAAUGCUGAAGAUUUUGGAAAAUAUUCCUGUCACGUUGCAAAAAUGGCCACAAUACUUGCGUCACUUGCGAGCAACCCCAAAAAUUACAACACACCUAUGAGACACAAAAAGAGGGAAACACACACAGGUAAACAAGGUUCCGCCAAAAGUAAAAAUAAUGAAGAUUAUUCAGAAAGAAGAAAGUCGUCUGAAUGCCCGAAUGUCAGCAAAGAACAAACCAGAUGCCAAGUUCCUGUUGAGGAUUUGCCUCCUACGAACUUCAAACCCUUACCAUACACAUGGUCUGCAGAGUUCAUUUUAGAAAAGAUCAAACCAACGAGAAGAAUUGUGUCUGUUCCAGUUGGUGGUAUAGUGUCAACAAGUGCGUCAUAUAGUUACUUGAAUGACGUGCCAAGCGUAGUUGAUUUUGAUCAUGAAAUCAACGGAAAGUCCUUCCUAAAGACAUGCGAGGGACUUGAUCAGUCAUGCUCCAUAUUUGUGUUCCUGUACUGGUUCUUGUGGCAUGAUGGUGGCCAUUACUCAAACAUUCCUGCCUUCUAUAGAAAACUUCAGAUGGUGGAGGGCGUUGGCGGCACAAGCUGGCAAUGCGUUUGUCCUUACACAUACGGAGUCCACAAAUUCGUCUUCUAUCGCCAGUUCUACAAUACGGCCCUUGGAACAUACGAAAUUAUUGAUGUGGAAUAUCCCGACACUGUAGAACUUGUUCCUCAGGAGCCCCUUGUCUUGGAUUUGUAUUACAAUGGCUCAAAGAAACUUCUUCCUUUGCCAGAGCUCUCUUGUUGGGGGGGAAUAGAAACAACAGUCUGCAAGUAUCUUGAAAUCAUUUUACAGUCGAUGGCUUGUGACUUUUUCCUCAAAGAGAAACAAAUUUUCUACGGUGGAAUAAUUGUGUGUUUAGCUGUUUCUUAUUGUUUAAGUAAAACGCUCUUGACGAGGGUGACCAAUCCAAUCAUCAACAUGAUACUUCGGAGGAGACGAGUCAACAUUCAGCCAAUCCGAGGCAGAGGUACACUAGCAGGACUUGCGCCAGCAGACAACACUGUUGUGAAGUACGACCUCUACAUUUCGUAUGCAGAUGAACAGACGGCAAUGGCGACUGAAAUCGCCCAAGCGCUCACUUCCCGGGGUUUGAGAGUGUGUUUUCGUGAUAAUGAUGUUCUCGGAAAUGAAAUUGUUAACCAGGCUGUUUCAAGGCUGAUUGUGGAGAGCUGGAAAUUUCUCGUCAUUGUCUCACAAGAAUACGUCGACAGUGGACUUCAGAAUAAUUUUGAAAUACACCUUAUCAUACAGAGACUGCGUGAUGGUUAUAUUGACAAUAGAAAUGUUGCCAUGUUAGCCCUCAAUCCUGAUUUGAUUCCAGAUCUCUUCAGCAGUUUCGUUAUUUUAAGCCACUAUGAAAACAGUUGUGAUGUUUUGGAUGAUAUACUGUUAUGGCACGGACAAUCUUUAUUUCCUAAUGAAUCAUACACCUCGGCCCAAAUUACAGAACUACGCCACUGCCAAGGGAUCUUCGACUGCAUUAUCAUGUUCUUCAUAUAUUUUAAUACAACAGUGUUCAUUUGCAGUUAUAUUCUUCAUAUUUUAUAGUUGUAAAAUGGUUUGUUUGAUUGAAGGCAUAUAUAUGGACCAUUGAUGUGGUAUGGACAUCUUCUCAAGGCAAGCGUGUCCACUAGCCUAUAUCAAUGCCUAGUUUCUACCCUUGCCACAUCAAGGCCACUUUUCUUGGCUCGACCCUGGCGCCACCUCGCGUAGACUACGAAUUGUGCUCCUUGUAAUGAAAACGCGAUAUCCAAUUGAAGAUGAAAAAGACAUAUCCCAGCGGUAAAACACUUUCGUACGAAGGUGUACCAGUCGUGGAUGUUGAUUUUGUGAAACGUUCUCUAAUUGGACUAUCUAUAUGUGCGAUAGUCCAAUCAUUUUUAGCACAGGAAAGUGGGCUUGGUGUGGCAAGCUUUGAAACAAGCCUUUGAUGAAAAUGAAAUAUUUAAAGAAAUAGGUGCACCUUAUGCUAAUUAGUUUAGGAUUAUGAGGUUAGGAUAUGUGCAUGGGCUGAGCAUGUUCUGAACAAAAGCCCAUUUGGGUGAAAGAGGGAUGCAAUUAUUAUGAUGACAAUAAUUUCCUUCUACAUUGUAUAUGGACCCUGUGAGGAUUCUGGGAUGGAAUAUGUCUAAAGGGCAACUUAAACAGGAUCGGUUGGUCAGUCCUAGUGACUUGGAUUUAUACAUUCAGAAUAUAUAUGUAAUAGGUACGAUGUAUGGAUGAUUCAUGUGUUUGAUCACGCUUUUCAUAGUACAUUACAUAGUAUUGCUCUAUGCUACAACAAUCCAUCAUUGUGGCAAAUUGUUAAACAGUGUAUAUGGUAUCCUAGGGCUGGGUAGAGAUGAUUGUAUUAUGACAUUAACAAUGUCGCCGAGAUGUUUUAUACAGAAUGUGCUAGUGCUGCUGUUGGUACAUUGUGUGACAAUGUGUGUGUUUCAGAGGGGCGAUCAUCCUCAGAAACUAUUAUCAUUGAAUAAAUGCCAAAUUAUUACUUUUGGCAUCAGCCAAAUGUGCCAAACAAGUGAUUACGUAUUUCAUGUUUACUAUGUUUACUAUGACGUUGUAUUGUUAUGAAUUGGCCAAACUGUUGCUGAGAUUUGUUUUUUUUACCGAUAAUUGUUUAAAUAGUAUUCUGUACCUGAUGAUGAAUGGCAAAUGUUUUUCGUAGGGAAGUGUGUAGGAAUGUGAGUAAUAGAUGGUGAUUUCAGAAAACCAGUUACCUGCCACGCACAUUGGCAGCUAGGGAGACUUCUCUAGCCAGCUACUGUCAUAAGGCCGCAUUCUGAAAGCUAACGGCUGAUUGAGCUGUUCGCCAUGUUACCAACAUGAAGAAUAUACAUCUCCUGUUGUUCUUUCAGGUGAACCGUCAGGCGAUUUUCAAAAUGAUAUGUUGUUGUAAUUGACUAGAUUAUUUUGCUUAACGGCCAGGAAUGAUUUAGUUGUAAAAGAUAAGUACAAUAGUAGGAAAUACUGAAAGGCAUCUGUAUACAGAAUAACCGUAUUCGACGUAUAAAGCGCUCAGGGCGCUCUCAAAACUAGAAAUAGGGGGAUCUUAUUAGAAUAUUAUUUUGAGUUGAAAGAUCGUAAUUUCGUGGCUUAUGCUGACAACCUGAAAUGUUU